AUGUGGCCUUCUUCUGGAAACUCUUCGCAGCCUCAAGCUAAGAAACAAGAGAGGAAGUCGAUAGCUGGGAGUUUUAGGACGGAGAAUCUCAUACCAGGGAUUGUGAUAGGUUUCAUCAUUGGUAUGAUAUUGGAUUUGUCACAGCAAGUGAAGCUCCCAGUGAGAAAGAGCAGACUUUUGUCCAGCAAGACCCAGAAGCAGAGUUCCGUACCAAGCAAUGCCAGUGACAAAGAGCUUAAAAUGGUUUUAGUAGUUAGGCAAGACUUAAAGAUGAGAACGGGGAAAAUUGCGUCACAGUGUGCACAUGCUGCCACGGGCAUGUAUGCGGAGUUAAUGCAGAGCGACCGGUACCUUCUGAGGCGAUGGGAGGAAUACGGGCAACCAAAGAUAGUCGUCAGUUGCAAAAACCAGCAAGAAAUGAAUAAGAUCACAGAGGCGGCUGAGAGCGUUGGCCUCCCGACUUUUGUUGUAGCUGAUGCUGGAAGAACAGAGGACCGAAGGAGUUGGUUGAUUCCAUAA